CAUGUGACUGCUGAGUCAAGGGGAUGGUCAUGUGUGAUCCAGAGGCUUUAUUACUGCUGCAGACCCUGGAGGAGAAGCACUCUCAUCAUGGGGUUAGGGGUAUUCACAUCCAAGACCUUCCUGGUCCUCCUCAGCUUGGUCUUUGUGGCGGCUGCGGUAGCACUGGGCUAUGUCGGCAUUAACAUCAUUGUCACCUACAAGCAAUAUGAGGACUUCAUAAAAAAUGCCUUUGUUAUGCUCCCCGCCAUCAUCAUCCUGGCUGUGGCUGUGCUCAUGUUCAUCAUUGGGCUGCUGGGAUGCAUCUCAUCCAUACAGGAGUCCUGCUGCGGCCUUGGCUGUUUCAUCACCCUGAUCUCCAUCAUGUUUGCUGCAGGAGUGGUCACCCUGGUCUUGGGACUUGUGUACAAGGAUAAGAUCGAUCCUUUACUUCAGGAAAACAUGAACUUUUUGUUUGAAAAAUAUGAUGGAAAAAAUGUAGAGAGUUCCGCCAUUGACUUCAUCCAGCAUGAGUUGCAGUGCUGUGGGAUAGAGAAUUACACCAGCUGGGAGAACACUACUUGGUUCCAGUUUAACCACUCCGUGCCAGUGAGCUGUUGUAAGAGGAACGAGACGGACUGUCAGGGCAAACUGGAUGCCCUCAACAAGAUUAACACAGAGGGCUGCGAAGUGAAACUAGAGGAUGUGUUGAACAGAGUCCUCGGCUUCUCCAUGUUGGUGAUACUUGGGUUUGCUGUCCUUGAACUCCUUGCUUUAAUAAGCUUGUGCAUCAUCCACCGUAGAAAUGUAAGGGAAGGAUACCAGGUGCUCUAGAACCGCUCCAGAACGUCCUCAAGACAUCGGAGAGCAGAAGAAUGUAUGAUGAUACCGAACGCUGUAUGGAUGAACCCUAGGAAGUAACUCUAGAUCUUUCUAAAUGUCUAAUCGGACACUGGACUGUAAUACUGGAUAAUCCUCUAAUGUACGCAGUACUAAUGGUUUAUUUUAUGGUAUUAUGUAUAUAGGAGAGUGCAUGGGAUUAUUUCGCUUUUUGAAAUGAAACCUAUAUAUUGAAUAAAAUAUUUGUGAAGAUAGUUGUAUAAAU